AACAGAAAAUAGAAAAUGAAAAUCACAAAGCAAUUCCCAGGAGUCCUCUGGGGGCCCUCGGGCCCAGCGCCACGCAGGGCCGGGCAGCGGCGGCCGCAGCGCGGGGGAAGCGGCGGGGAGGUGGGGCGCGGAGCCGCCCCUGCGGCGCCGCGGUUGCAGUUUCGAUUUUCCCUCUCCGGUUGCGGUUCCCCGGCAGCUCCUCCCUCGGCGCGGGGGUUCGGAAAGUCCCUGCCGGACCCCGUCGGCUUUAAAGGUAGCGGGGUGCGGGUGAGGCUGGGACUCGCGGGACGCCCAGCCGCCGUCAUGACCGCCGAGCAGCGCCGGAAUCUGCACGCCUUCGGGGACUAUGUCCGGAAGACCCUGGACCCUACCCACAUCCUGAGCUACAUGGCCCCCUGGUUUAGGGACGACAUGGUGCAGUAUGUUCAGGCUGAGAAAAACAAUAAAGGCACGAUGGAAGCCGCCUCACUUUUUCUCAGGUACCUGUUGGAGCUCCAGGAGGAAGGCUGGUUCCGUGGCUUUUUGGAUGCCCUUGACCAAGCAGGUUAUUCUGGACUUUAUGAAGCCAUUGAAAGUUGGGAUUUCCAAAAAAUUGAAAAGUUGGAGGAGCACAGAGCACUUUUAAGGCGUUUACAACCAGUGUUUAAAACCAGAGUUAAUCCGAAAGAUAUCCUUCCUGAUAUAUCUGAAUGUUUAAUUGAUCAGGAAUGUGAAGAAAUUAUCCAGGUUUGUUCCAACAAGGGGCUGAUGGCAGGUGCAGAGAAAAUGGUCGAAUGCCUUCUCAGAUCAGACAAGGAGAACUGGCCCAAAACUUUGAAACUUGCUUUGGAGAAAGAAGAAAGCGUGUUCAGUGAGCUGUGGACUGUAGAGCAAGGUGCAAAAGGAGUUGAAACUAAAGAUCUUGGGGAUGAGGAAAUAGAAACUUCUGAGAUACAGAUUUUCUACAAGGAAGAACCAGAAUACCAGAAUCUGAGUCAGAAUUCAAGUCCACCUUCAGAAGUGGCCCCAUUGAAUAUAAGAAAUUACCAACUGGAGCUCGCUUUGCCUGCCAAGGAAGGAAAAAACACAAUAAUAUGUGCUCCUACUGGUUGUGGAAAAACCUUGGUUUCGCUUCUUAUAUGUGAACAUCAUCUUAAGAAAUUUCCACAAGGACGAAAGGGGAAGGUGGUCUUUUUUGCUAUUCAUCUCCCACUGUACGACCAGCAGAAAUCCGUAUUCUCGCAAUAUUUUGAAAGACGUGGGUACAAAGUUGCAGGCAUUUCUGGAGCAACAUCUGAGAACGUCAUAGUGGACCAGAUUGUUGAGAACAAUGACAUCAUCAUUUUGACUCCACAGAUCCUCGUGAACAGCCUUAAGGAUGGGACUAUUCCAUCACUCUCUGUCUUUACUUUGAUGAUGUUUGAUGAAUGCCACAACACCAGUAAACACCAUCCUUACAAUAUGAUCAUGUUUAAUUAUCUAGAUCAGAAACUUGGAGGCUCUUCAGACCCACUGCCCCAGGUCGUUGGGCUGACUGCCUCCGUUGGUGUUGGGGACGCCAAAAACAGAGAUGAGGCCAUGGAACAUAUCUGCAAACUGUGUGCUUCUCUUGACGCGUCAGUGAUCUCGACCGUGAAAGACAACUUGCAGGAACUGACGGAAGUGGUUUAUAAGCCCGAGAAGAAUUUCAGGAAAGUGGAGUCACGAACCACCGACGGUUUUAAGUGCAUCAUAUCUCAGCUGAUGAGGGAGACAGAGAGUCUGGCAAAGAGCAUCUUUGACGAACUUGGUGCUGUCACUCCUGAAAACUUAUCUCGCUUUCAAAAUCGGGAUUUUGGAACACAGAAAUAUGAACAAUGGAUUAUUGCAGUUCAGAAAGCGUGCAUAGUGUUUCAGUUGCCUGACAAAGCCGAAGAGAGCAGGAUUUGUAAAGCGCUGUAUCUGUACACUUCUCACCUGCGGAAAUACAAUGACGCCCUCAUUAUCAGUGAGCAUGCACGAAUGAAAGAUGCUCUGGAUUACUUGAAGGACUUCUUCAAUAAUGUCCGAGCAGCGGGAUUUGAUGAGACCGAGCAAGAUCUCACUCGAAGAUUCGAAGAAAAGCUACCAGAACUAGAAAGUGUUUCCAUGGAUCCCAGCAACGAGAACCCUAAGCUCAAAGACCUCUGCUUCAUCUUGCAAGAGGAGUACCACUUAAACCCAGAGACGAGAACCAUUCUCUUUGUGAAAACCAGGGCUCUUGUGGAUGCUUUAAAGAAAUGGAUUGAAGAAAACCCUAAACUGAGCUUUCUGAAACCUGGCAUAUUGACUGGCCGUGGCAAAACAACUAAUAACACAGGAAUGACCCUCCCAGCACAGAAGUGUGCAUUAGAUGCAUUCAGAACCGAUGGAGAUAACAAGAUUCUGAUCGCCACCUCAGUUGCUGAUGAAGGCAUCGACAUUGCUCAGUGCAAUCUGGUCAUCCUGUAUGAGUAUGUGGGCAACGUCAUCAAAAUGAUCCAAACCAGAGGCAGAGGAAGAGCAAAAGGUAGCAAGUGCUUCCUUCUGACUAGUAAUGCUGAUGUAAUUGAAAAAGAAAAAAUGAAUAUGUACAAAGAAAAAAUGAUGAAUGACUCCAUUUUAAGCCUUCAGGCAUGGGAUGAAGCAAUAUUUAAAGAAAAGGUUUGCCAGAUACAAAUUCAUGAAAAAUCCAUCAGAGAUAGUCAAGGAAAAGCAAAACCUGUACUUGAUAAGAAAAAUAAAAAACUGCUCUGCAGAAAGUGCAAAGCCUUUGCAUGUUAUACGGCUGACAUAAGAGUCGUGGAGGAAUGCCAUUACACUGUGGUUGGAAAUGCUUUCAGGGAAUGCUUUGUGUGUAGAUCACACCCCGAACCAAAGAUCUUUGGGAGUUUUGAGAAGAAAGCAAAGAUAUACUGUGCCAGAGAGGACUGCAGCCAUGACUGGGGAAUCUGUGUGAAGUAUAAGACAUUUGAGAUUCCAGUUAUCAAAAUUGAAAGUUUUGUGGUGGAGGAUAUCGCAACCAGAGUUCAGACACUGUAUGCAAAGUGGAGGGACUUUCAUUUUGAGAAGAUACCAUUUGAUGCUGCAGAAAUGUCCAAAUGACCUGAGGACUUCAGUCUUCAGCUACAGGGAAUGGGUGACCUUGAGCGAAGAAGUGAGCCCCAGCGAGCAAACCAUGGAUCGCCUGUACCACCAUAAAGAUGUUUUACCAAGACUUGUACUGCGCUGAAUAUUUGUCACUGACCUUUGCCUUCUGUUCAUUGUUUUCAACAGUUUGUACUCUGUCGUAUGUGUAAAGCACAUGGGAGCGAAUCACAGCAUGGAAUGCUUUGUAGACCAAUAGAGCUCUAAGUACUUGGGAAAAAUUAAAAAGCUGAACUUUCCUUUCUAUCCUUCCCUUCAGAACUAACUGCCAGUGUGUCCCCAGUAGCCACUCAGCGCACAUUGGAAUAAAUGAAUGAAUGAAGGUUGAAAAAGUUUUCCAUACUUCCGUUUCUUUCCUUAACCCACUGUAAACUGGCUUUUGCUCUUAACAAUCUAGUGAAAUUGUUCUUGUCAAGGUCACCAGUGACUCUGGUCGCCAGAUCCGUUGGGCACUUCUUAGUCCUUCUCUUUCGACCUCUUUGCUGCGUUUGGUCCUGUUGAGCACUCCUUUCUUGGAACUCCCUCUUGGCUUCUUCCCUUGCAGCUCUAUCCCAGUCUUUUCUAUUGGUUCCUCUUUGCGAUCCCUUAAAUGUUGAUAAUUCCAAGGCUUCAAUAUAUGUACAUAUACAUAUGUAUCAUAGUUACAUAUGCUCAUGUUCUCUGUGUAGCAACAUGUGGCACGUAAUCUUAAAACUCGAGUGGAUGACGUUUAGUAAUGGGGGCAUGUAAAUGAUACGGUAGUGCUUGAGAAGCUGAUAUCUGUUCUUUUAGUUGAUUGUACCUCUUGCCCUAUUCAUUUGCUUUCUUAACCUGUACCAUCAUUCCCUUUGAAUGGUCAUCUCAGGCCAUUUUCCAGCAAUAGUGGAUGGUCAACAUUUGGACUGUGUUCUCGGUUAGGUCCCUUGGGUGAUACUGAUGAGGCAGUUUAAUUUUCUGUUCUUGCUAUUUACAAAAUCAGAAUACAUAUCCAGAUGCCAUUCCUGUGUCACUUAACAAGGUUUGCUGAUGCUCCAUAGCUUAGUUUUGGAUUUUCUAGACAUGAAGACAGCUGCCUGAGUUUUGCUGUUUCCAUCCAGGCCAAGAUAUUUUGUGUUCGGUUCAGGGUAGGCUCUACAGUAAUUGAAGCAGCUUCUUAAAACAGACUCAGAUUAGUUGUUUGUAAUUCACCAGGACCAUCAAUGGCUUAAACAAACCUCCAAACAUCAUAAAAUGUUAAUAAUAUGUUCAACAUAUGUGAUUGCAUAACUCUUUUCAAGUGGCACCUGUUUACAUCUUUGGAGUCCAAGAGACCACCCAUAUACCCCAAAUCAAGCCUGGAGAUCAGUGGGGUGACAUGCUACAGCUCCCUCACUCUCCAUUUCAUCUGGCUGAGACUCAGAGAACCUACCAGGUACAUAACUUCUCCUUGGCUUAAUUUUCUACAUCUGUAAAACAAGGGUUAGUGGAGGGUUUUUAACUGAAAUAAUGUAUGAAAAGUACAUGAUAUACACAGUAGUUGCUUGAUAAUUGUUAUUACUAGAGGUAGUCUUAGUAAGUCACAAUUAAAAUGGGUUAUUUAAGCCAAUUUCCUUGCUGAUUUUUAUUCAUUUUCCAUUUAUAUUUCAUUAGCGUAUUAAGGUUCUGGUCACCAAUUCCAACGUGGGGGGUUUCCCCACACCACUGAGCAGUUCUCUGGCUCAGUUCUGACACUACCUGGACAUAGCAUCAGAUCUCACAGGUUAAGGGCUCCAUCCUACAAGAGUGUCCCCCGCCUCCCACUUCAGAUGCCGAUCACAAGUCCAGGUUGUCACCUGUGCUUCUGGAACAAGUGGCUCUAGAUUGGAGGUUCUUACGGCCUCCUCCUUGGGUUCUAUUGAUUUGCUAGAGCAUCUCAAGGAGCUCAGAGAAACGUUUUACUUGCUAGAUCACCUGUUUAUUAUAAAAGGAUGUAACUCAGGAACAGCCAGACGGAAGAGAUGCAUAGGGUGAGGUACGGGGAAAGGGCGUGGAGUUUCCAAGCUCUCUCUGGGUGCACCACUCUCCUCAAAUCUCCACGCUUUCACCAAAUCGGAAGCUCUCUGAACCCUGUCCUUUUGGGUUUUUAUGGAGGCUUCAUUACGUAGGCAUGAUGGAUUAAAUCACUGGCCGUUGGUGACUGAUUCAACCUCCAACUCCUCUCUGCUCCCCAGAGGUCAGGGGGUGGGACUGCAAGUUCCAACCCUCUAAUCACACGGUUGAUUCUCCUGGCAAGCAGACCCCAUCCUUAGGUGUGUUCCAAAAGUCACCUCAUUAACAUAACAAAAGACACCUUUGCUGCUGUCAUCACUUAGGAAAUUCCAAGAGUUUUAGAAGCUCUGUGCCAGAAAUGGGGAUGAAGAACAAACAUGUAGGCCUGUUUUUCUUAUUACAAGUCACAGUCUCACAGGCGUCUCUGUUUAAAUGAGAUCGCCUUUUUUGGAUGCUGUUGUUUCAGAACUCCAAUAGGAUGUGUAAAACAUCUACUGGAAAUCUGUUUGAGAAAGUUCUCUCAAGUGUCUAAAUGGCUCAGUUUGGAGGAAGGUGAAUGGUCCUCUCUUCAGCCAAUAGACGGCGGCAGACUAAAGCUGAAGCAAGCAAACUCAGAAUUUCCUUGUUGGGCUUUAGCUUGGAGUCAAGCCAUUGCCAGGCCUGGAGCCUGGAAGAGGGUAGGCACUUGGUUAAUGUUUACUGAAGGAAAGACACUGGUAGGUAGGGUUUAAAAAUUGCAAACUCUUGACUGACACCCAAAUGCUGGUCAUUGGAUUUCUAGAUCAAAGGCUGCCUUUUGGAACCAACUGCAGAGUCUUUUUCAUGAGCACAUGCCCAGCCCCGUUAGAACAUCCUGGCAGGGUGUCCAGCCAUGUGUAGUUUUUGAAGUUCCUCGGUGGUUCAGAUACAAUCCCUUAUACAACCACAGGAUCUGGUUAUCUCUGUGAUCCCUGCUGGUGCUGACACUGUGAUGUUUUCACCUGAAAAUGAAAGGUCGCCUUCAAUCAAAUGUGAUGGCGUAACAAGGGCAGUAAACUCUGAUUCCUGUCUUUACAGUUGAUAUUAUUAUUCAAAUUUUAAAAACACGCAAGCCGUCAGGUCGGCGUUUCCUCAAGCACGUCUUGUGGACCCGAAGUGCUAUGAGAUGCUCUGAAGAAAGUGCUCUGUGGUCCAAUGUGUUUCUGUGGUGCAUGCUGCCCCCUCCCCUCAAAUGAGAGACUUACAGCCUUCAUUGUCGUGUGUCAUUCUGUCAGUUCUGCCGCAAUAAGACCUAGUUAACCCGAUAUCCCAAAUACACUGACCCUGAAACCCUCUUACUUAUGGGACGUUGUUAAUGUCCUACAGGAGCACAGUAGCAGGUGUCUGCCCUGGUGCAGACUAGACAGCCAGAACCAAACUGGAGAAUUAAUUACAGGAUCUUACUAGUAACUAUGUUUUAUUAUACUAUCAAAUAAAACUAUAAAUUUCACUCAAUAAAUCUA